AUGUCCAUUCGAGAAGCGGGAAAUAGGAGAGCAGUCAAUUAUCAAGACGAUAUUAAUUGGAUCGUUAAAAGAGGUAGAACGGUCCAGAAGAUAUCAAAACGGUCUCAGGAAUCAAAAAUUAAAAAUAAACCUGGAUAUGUCCUGGAAGAACAAACUAAACCUGGAGAUGUCCCAUAUGAGCAAAAUAAACCUGGAUAUGUCCCAGAAGAACAAACUAAAUCUGCAUAUGUCACAGAAGAACAAAAUAAACCCGGAGAUGUCCCAGAAGAGCUAAAUAAAGCUGGAGAUACCCUUUAUCGUUUGUUGGAAAGAAAAGAAAUGAAGAUGCCUAAGAGAAAAAGACUUACAACUAAAAAAGGCGAAAUAAAGUGUUUGAAUUUGGAAACUGAUAUAUCUGAAAUUAAUGGAGUGUAUAGUUCAAAAGAUCUUGAGAUUUUUAUCUAUUGGGAAUCUAAUCGUUAUUAUAUUGAUGAAAAGGAUAUCGAGAAAAUUAAGAAUAAUAGGAAAUUUAUUCUUAAAAAUAAUGUCAUUGCAGAAACUAAUUCACUACAAGAUAGUAGGCCUUUUAAAAAUAACACUUGCGAGAGCGAUCCUUUCGAAACUAAGCCACAGGAUAAAGAAACUAUUGGUGACAUAACAAAAACUCCGCAGGGUGAUAUAAGUGAAUUGAAUGUUAAAAAUAUGGGUCCUUCAGUAGGGUCAUGGGAAGUUGAUGACGACGCAAUUUCGUUAUCAAAUACAUCUGAGGGAGAAAAGGGAAUUCAAAAAGAUAACACAGAUUUAAUUUUAAUGGAAAAUAAAAAUGAAGAGGUUUAUUUUACUCUCAAGGAGGCCCUUGAGUUUUUGCCGAAGGAAUUCGAUGGUCAAAAUAUCUCUAUCGAAAAAUUUAUCAAAAAUUGUAAAUUGGCAGACGAAUCGGUUGAUCCCAAGUAUCGUAAUAAUUUAUUUCGUGUGAUAAAAACUCAAAGAGAAGACGAAACAGUACAAGAAUUUGGUAAUAGAAUCGGUGAAAUCACAAAUCAGAUAAUUGAAGUAACAAAAGAAACUAAAAAUGAAGAUAAGAUCAUCGCAUUGAUAGAGGCAACUCAAGAUGCCGCUGCAGAAAAUUUUAUUAUAGGUUUAAGAAAAGAAAUAGCCUUGAGAGUAAACAUAAAAGAAGAAGAAGAAGUUAAUGAAACUGAAAUUAAGGACGGAAGGACAACAGGAAAAACGAGAAAAUACAAAAAACUAAAGUUGGACUCAACAUGGGGGUAUGAUGAUGAGUCAAAAGGUAAAGUAAUACCCGAAAAAAGAAUCGUGUUAAUGUAUGAAUAUAAAAAAAUUGAAAGUUCACCAGAAAUCGAAAUUAGUAACGAAAAUUUUAAUAACAAUAAAGUAAAAAUGGUAGUAGAUACAGGAGCGGAAAUAAAUUUAAUAAAAUCUAAAUGUGUAAAAUCGAAUGUUUUUAUAAAUUAUGCUAAUAAGCAAAAAAUAUUUGGAAUAAAUAAAGAAGGAAUAUUUACAGUUGGGGAGAUUCAGGUGGAUCUUGAUGGGGAUGUACAAUCCUAUCAACUUGUGCCUGAUGAUUUUCCAAUCAAGCAGGAUGGUAUUUUAGGAAUGCCAUUUUUAAAGAAUUCAACGAUAGAUUUAAAGAAAAAAUUAUUAAUUCAUAAACUAGGCGAAUUUCCUAUUAUUACUCGAAAUAAAGGAAAAUUACUGAAAAUAAAAGCUCGAACAAAACAGUUAGUUGAAAUACCGAUAAUAAACGAAGAAAACUUAGAUACUGGAUAUUUACCCUUAUUACCAACAGGGCCUGGAGUUUAUUUAGGUGAAGUAUUAGUAACUAUCAAAAACGAAUUUGCAAAAACUUUUUGUAUAAAUACAACAAGUAAAGAUAUAGAAUUAAUAAUACCACCAACAAAAAUUUUUGAUUUUGAAGAAUUAAAGACAAAUCAAAAAUUUAAAGACCAGUCAAGGUGUUUAAAUUUAAGAAUAGAAAAUGAAAAGGAAAGAUUUGAAAAAUUAAAAGAGAUACUUAAACUUGAACAUUUAAAUGAUUCAGAAAAACAAGAAUUAAUCCCUACGUUGAGAAAAUAUUGUCAUCAAUUUCAUCUUCCGGGUGAUAGUUUGGGUUUUACAAAAGUAAUACAACAUACAAUAGAAACAAUUGAUGAAGUACCAGUAAAUAGUAAAUAUCCUAGGUACCCUGAAGUACAUAAACAAGAAAUUAAAAAACAGACUGAGGAUCUGCUUAAAAAUAAAUCAAUCUCUCCAUCUAAAGCACCUUAUAAUUCUCCUGUAUGGAUUGUACCUAAAAAGGAGGAUGAUCAGGGCAAUAAAAAAUGGCGAAUGGUGAUAGAUUAUAGAAAAUUAAAUGAAAAAACAAUAAAUGAUGUAUAUCCAUUACCUUUCAUUAGUGAAAUUUUGGAUCAAAUUGGGGGUGCAAAAUUCUUUACAAUAUUAGAUUUGGCACAAGGAUUUCAUCAAGUAGAGGUAGUUCCAAAAGAUCGACAUAAAACAGCAUUUUCAACACCAUUUGGGCAUUACGAAUUUAAUAGAAUGCCUUUUGGAUUAAAAAAUAGUCCAUCAACCUUUCAAAGAAUGAUGGAUAGGGUUUUAUCGGGGCUACAGGGAAUAGAAUUGUUUGUUUAUAUGGAUGAUAUAGUAAUUUAUGCAAAAUCACUUAAAGAACAUAAAGAAAAACUUGAAAAAUUAUUAAGAAGAUUAAAAAACGCAGGAUUAGUUUUACAGCCUGAUAAAUGUAAUUUUUUAAGAAAAGAAAUUGGGUAUUUAGGACAUAUAAUAUCUGAAAAUGGGGUAAAACCCGAUCCAAAAAAGGUUGAUGCUGUUCAAAAUUUUCCACGACCGAAAACUCAAAAAAAUAUUAAGCAGUUCCUUGGUUUGGCUGGAUACUAUAGACGAUUUAUUCCUAAUUUUGCUAAAAUUGCAAAACCAAUGACAAAUUUAUUAAGAAAAAAUGUAAAAUUUGACUGGAACUCGGAAGUUGAAGUGGCAUUUGCUCAAUUAAAAAGGAUAUUGUGUACACAACCAAUACUACAAUAUCCUGAUUUUUCAAAACCUUUUAUUGUGACGACCGAUGCUUCUGAUUUCGCAAUAGGGGCAGUAUUAAGCCAGGGUGAAAUUGGAAAGGACUUGCCCAUUGCUUAUGCAUCAAGAACUAUGGGUGGAGCAGAAUUACGCUAUAGUACAACUGAAAAAGAACUAUUAGCUAUAAUUUUUGCAAUAAAACAAUUUCGACCUUAUAUUUUUGGAAAAAGAUUUAUCAUAGUUACUGAUCAUCGGGCAUUAGUUUGGUUAAAUCAGUUAAAAGAUCCUACUAUAAAUUCAAGAUUAGCAAGAUGGAAAAUAAAAUUACAAGAUUAUGAUUGUGAAAUCAUACAUAGACCGGGGAGGGUUAAUUCCAAUGCGGACGCUCUUUCUCGCAAUCAAAUAUUCAAAAAAUUAGAAUUCAACUUAACAGGGGAAUUUAAUGAAAAAUUGAAUAAUCAAGAAAAAAGGAAAUUAGAAAAAUUAGAAUUUCAAAUAAUAAAUACCCCUUUGAAAGAAUCAGUAACACCUAAAAUAAGAGGUGCUGAUUGUGAAGAAAAGAAAAUAUCAGUAGAAAAAUCUGAUAAUAGCAAUGACGAUGAAAAAACGUUAUCGGGGGGCAUGAACUGUCAGGAGAAUAAAAUUAUUGACGGAUCAUGUGCUCUUCAGGAGUCAGAUAAAUCUGCUGAUGAAUUAAAACUAGAUCUGAUUGGAGCUGAUAAAUCCUUUCAGAAUCUAGGAGAUAAUAAAUAUGACCACAUACUUAACGUGACGAAAAAGACGGAAAAACUGACAGAGUUAAGAAAGAGAAAAUUUUAUGAAGAAAACUAUGAAAAUUCAGAUAGUGAUUUAGAAAGUGAAGUGAAAUUAAAAGGUUUGAUUAAAUCAAGGGAAAGAGAGAAAGAAGCGUAUGUAUUGGCAAAGGAAUUACAAGAGGUUGGUUUGUUAGAUUUAGAAAAAUUACCUAUAGAAGUAGGUCAAGUAUUAAGUUCAGGAGAGGCUGCGGUCGAAACAUUAAAGGAAGCAUUAAUUAAUGAACAAGAACGAAAAACUUUUAGUAUUUCUAGAGAAGGGAUAACACCUCAUGAAAUGGUAUUUGGGAAAAAGGCGCGAAUUCCAUCAGAAUUUGCCAAAAAUCAAUUUUCAAUAACUUAUGAUUUUUAUGUGAAUGAAUUAUUGAAACAAAUAGCCGAAACAGAAUCAAUGAUGAUUGAAAUUAUGAUGAAUGUCGUGAUGUCCUCUGGAAAGUAA